UACUACGCCGGUCCACCGCGACCUUUCCAAUAGGUUCUGCGCCCAGAUUAGAACCUUGGUGUCGAUUGGAGGACAGGAAUAUCGCGCACCACUACUCUCUAUCCUACCUUGAAGAAUGGCUGAAGGCGACGAAGAUGUGCCGCCACAAAAUGGAGCCGGCGCGGCCAAUGUGGCGCCGCCGCUCGCUGUUUCCACAACCAGCUCAGCAGCUUUUGUGCACCAAAAUAUGGAGAAGCUACAAGGCCAAGGAAAUUUUUGCUCUUGGAAGUUCGCCAUAAAAAUGUUAUUGAUAUUGGAAGGUUUAUGGGACUGUGUGACCGGUGCAGUGACGGACGCUGCGCGCGACCAACGUGCGCUGGCGCGCAUUGCACUUGGUCUGCACCCAUCUCUAUAUCAAUAUGUUACCAGUUGCACUAGUGCCAAGCAAGCGUGGGACAAUCUUAGAAAUAUAUUUGAAGACAGAGGGCUUUAUCGUCGAAUUGUUUUGCUACGUGAACUACACAAGGCCAGCUACGCCGAUCACGCCGGUAUGAACGCGUAUAUCGACCAUAUUAUGAAAUUAGUCCAACAACUGGCAGAUAUUGGAAAAACUAUUGAAGAUAGUGAAGUGGCAGAACUGCUUUUAAGCGGGUUACCUCAAGAGUUUGAUUCUCUAGUUUCAAAUAUGUCUACAGCCUGCCUAACAUCGACUAUAUCUAGUGAGUUUGUACGAGCCAGGCUGAUGCAGGAAGAGUCCAGGAAGCUAGCGACAUGUUCAUCUGAGACUGCUUUUGUUUCCAAACAACAGUUAAAAGCAAAGAAGAAGUUUACGUGUACUUACUGUCAUAAGGAGGGCCACGUCAAAGCUAAGUGCUUCAAACUGAAAAGAGAUAAGAAGCAGAAGGAAGAUCCCAUGCCAGCCGCGUUCCUGGUCUCCCAGCAAGAUGUUUAUAAAGAUUCUGGAUCGAGCUGCCAUUUAUUUAAUGACAAAAACUGUUUUAAUUCUAUAAAGAAAGGACAAUCUUCAGUGGCAGUGGCUAAUAAUAGCAAAGUGCUGUGUGAAGGCACCGGCGAUGUAAAAAUAAGGACAUUAGACAAGGAUGGCGAAACACUUGAACAGUGUGUACCAUGCCUUGAGGGGAAGAUGGCUAAGACUCCAUUUCCCAAAGGUGGUGGAACGCGUGCAACCAGACCUUUGGAGCUUGUACACUCCGAUGUGGUCGGUCCCAUGCCAGUGAGCAGCUUGGGUGGUGCAAACUUUGCUGUCACCUUCACAGAUGACUUCUCGAGGAAAUCCUACUGCUACCUAAUGAAACAUAAGUCAGAGGUAUGUGACCAUUUUAUUCACUUUAAAAAUGUUGUAGAAAAGCAGACAGGUUUAUCUAUUCUAUGUUUGCGUUCGGACAAUGGGAAAGAAUAUGUAAAUAAUAGACUUUCCAGUUAUUUAAAGAAAGAAGGGUUAUAGACUGGCAGAUCCCGUAGAUCCUAGGAAAGUGAUUUUAUCUCGUGAUGUAAAGUUUUUGGAGGAUAAGUUUUUUACUCCACAACAUUCAAACAAUGUACCUGAUAGUAAUAGCUGUGAUAAUAAUGGUAUGAUUAAUUUAUAUAAUAAUGAAUUAAAUAUAAAUUCCAAUAAUAAAUUGAAUGUAGAUAAUGAUAAUUUUACUCAUGGAUUACAGAAUAAUGAACUGAAUAAUUCAAAUUUUAAUAAUGACAUUUCA